ACCGUCCAUAAUUUUAGAGGGUGCCUCAAGACCGUCCAUAAUUUUAGAGGGUGCCUCAAGACCGUCCAUAAUUUUAGAGGGUGCCUCAAGACCGUCCAUAAUUUUAGAGGGUGCCUCAAGACCGUCCAUAAUUUUAGAGGGUGCCUCAAGACUGUCCAUAAUUUUAGAGGGUGCCUCAAGACUGUCCAUAAUUUUAGAGGGUGCCUCAAGACCGUCCAUAAUUUUAGAGGGUGCCUCAAGACCGUCCAUAAUUUUAGAGGGUGCCUCAAGACUGUCCAUAAUUUUAGAGGGUGCCUCAAGACCGUCCAUAAUUUUAGAGGGUGCCUCAAGACCGUCCAUAAUUUUAGAGGGUGCCUCAAGACCGUCCAUAAUUUUAGAGGGUGCCUCAAGACUGUCCAUAAUUUUAGAGGGUGCCUCAAGACUGUCCAUAAUUUUAGAGGGUGCCUCAAGACCGUCCAUAAUUUUAGAGGGUGCCUCAAGACCGUCCAUAAUUUUAGAGGGUGCCUCAAGACCGUCCAUAAUUUUAGAGGGUGCCUCAAGACUGUCCAUAAUUUUAGAGGGUGCCUCAAGACUGUCCAUAAUUUUAGAGGUGCCUCAAGACCGUCCAUAAUUUUAGAGGGUGCCUCAAGACCGUCCAUAAUUUUAGAGGGUGCCUCAAGACCGUACAUAAUUUUAGAGGGUGCCUCAAGACUGUCCAUAAUUUUAGAGGGUGCCUCAAGACCGUACAUAAUUUUAGAGGGUGCCUCAAGACUGUCCAUAAUU